CCCCGCGGCCUGGCGAGCGGCCAGGGACGCGCAUGCGCACUGUCCUCCUCCUCCGCUGCCCCGCCCCACCCGAUUGCUGCGGAAGGCGCCGCGCGGCAGCUCCGCGCACUUCCUCUCCGAGCGCCCUCGGAGGGAGCACGGCCGCGAGGAGCUCCUGCCCGCUGCACAGGCCCUGCCAGCCCCGUUGUCAUGUCCGAAGCAAGUAAGGCCGCCGCGUGCGCCCCCGACCCGGCGGGCGCGACCCCCCGCUCCGUCAUGCAUGCCAUGCCCGAGAUGCCCGGGGGGGACCCCCAGCCCCUCGCUGCCCAGGCCGCCUCCCUCCCGGGGCCAGACAUCCCCCCUCUAGGCCCCGGCCAUGCCCGCCCGCGCUCGCCGCCGCCUCCGGCCCCCGAGGACGAGGAGGACGACGACGACGCGGAGAUGGAGGAAGACGACGAGGACGACGACCCCAAGGCCCUGCUGCAGGCGGCCGAGGAGGGCCGCGCCCCCCCGGCCCCCGGAGCCGCCCAGGCCGGGCCCCCGCCGCCCGCCCCGGCGCAGCUGGUGCAGAAGGCGCACGAGCUCAUGUGGUACGUGCUGGUCAAGGACCAGCAGCGCAUGGUGCUCUGGUUCCCCGACAUGGUGAAGGAUGUGAUCGGCAGCUACAAGAAGUGGUGCCGCAGCAUCCUCCGGCGCACCAGCCUCAUCCUGGCCCGCGUCUUCGGGCUGCACCUGCGCCUAGCCAGCCUGCACACCAUGGAGUUCUCGCUGGUCAAGGCGCUGGAGCCCGAGGAGCUGGACCGGGUGGCGCUCGGUAACCGCAUGCCCAUGACCGGCCUGCUGCUCAUGAUCCUCAGCCUCAUCUACGUGAAGGGGCGCGGCGCCCGCGAGAGCGCCGUCUGGAACGUGCUGCGCAUCCUGGGGCUGCGGCCCUGGAAGAAGCACACCACCUUCGCCGACGUGCGCCGCCUCAUCACCGAGGAGUUCGUGCAGCAGAACUACCUCAAGUACCAGCGCGUCCCCUACGUCGAGCCUCCCGAGUAUGAGUUCUUCUGGGGCCCCCGCGCCAACCGCGAGAUCACCAAGCUGCAGAUCAUGGAGUUCCUGGCCAGGGUCUUUAAGAAAGACCCCCAGGCCUGGCCCUCCCGCUACAGAGAGGCUCUGGAGGAGGCCAGGGCUCUGCGGGAGGCCCAGCCCAGUGCCCACUGCCCCCGCAGCAGCGUCUCCGAGGACUAGUGAGGUCCAAUGGUUACUGCCCCCCACCCAGCCAAGGCGGUGGAAGGGGCCAAGGGGGUGGGACAUUAGCAUAUUCAGAAUGUCCAGUGCAGUAUUUCACGUGUAACUAUUCAGUUCCCCAGUAUACCGUGCUUUUUCUACCUUCCAAGGCCAUAGUGUCUUCAUUUCAGUACUCUUUGAAGUAGCUUGUAGGAUUGAUGCAUGUGCAUUUAUAAGUCAGCAAGAUUGGUGCUUUUGGCUUCUGUGCUCUGUACCUUUCCUGAAAUAUUUCUUUGUACCAGACACGUGCUAAAACUUAUGAUGUACAUUGAGAAAAGUUUCUUACUUGGGACAGAUGAUGUGUAAAGGGAUGGGGGUGAGGGAGGGGGCCAUGCCUGGAGAGUUUGCAAGGACUCACCAGCGAAAGCUGGUCCAUCCAAGAGGAAAAUCAACGCUCUUUCGACCCCUUGGCAGCAGAAAACAUCCCUGUGGACUGUGGUGAUAAGAACUGGUGAUGUGGACUAAACCUGUCUCAGUGUAGGCACUUGGCACACUUUAAACAUCAAAUAUAACCCCCACCCCUCGUUAAUUAAACAUUAAAGAUUCUUGUGAUACAAUCAA